UUUCUGCCUGAUAUGCUAUUACACAUUAUCGUAGAUUAAAUCACAGAUUUGGUCGCAUAUGUAAACAGAAGAAAUCAAUUUUUUUUUGCAACCGUGCGCCGCAUACCGCGUCCAAUUUAUGUUACCAUUUAAUAGACAAGUAGCAAGUUGGGUUUUUUUCAUAAAUAGUAAAUUUAAAGGGGUUUAUUAAAAUAAUUUCGUAAGCUUCUUAGUGUAAAAGUAUGGUUUAAUUCACAAACUUAAAAAUUACGUACCCACAAAAUCAUGAGCUCGGAUUGGGUGUGUUUGAAUAGAGACUUUGUGUUUCAAAAACAUUACUUGCAAAGCAAUCCAACUUUAGAACAUCCUUUAAAGCAAAUUCAAGUGGCUGUAAUUGAAAGUAAAGGCACUAGAGGAAAAUUCAGUAGUGGUUUAUCCUCUUCAAGUAGCAGAACUUCUUCCACUAUAUCUUUAAUUGAUCCUCUGGGUUUAAAUGCUCUUGACGGAAUCGAUCCACUUUCUCAGUUCGCACAGGAAUCGGCAACUGAUCCAUUAUCCCAGAUUGUUGCGGAAUAUGAAAAAUUUUCAAAAAAAUCAAAAAAUAAAGAUAUGCUCGAAGCAAAUAAAGAAUAUUUGUCAUGGAACAAUAAACGUUUAGGUAUUUUAAACAAAUUUACAACAUCCGAGAAAUUGUCGAUAACAACAAGUUUUCUUUCCGGUGGAGAAAUGAUAAAAACACAAACAACAGUAUCCGAUAAAGUCAAAUAUCGACUAGAACAACUAGAUGAUUUUGAUGAGUCCUCUGUUCGACAUAUGAUGGAUCUAACCCAGCAGGAGUAUAUAACUCGUAUAGAACAGCUUAAUCAAGAACUAGUUCAAUCAUGGAAUGGGGACCAGCGAGUUAAAGCUUUGAAAAUAGCCAUUCAAUGCUCUAAAAUGUUAUCAGAUACUUCAGUUCUUCAAUUUUAUCCAAGCCAGUUUGUUUUGAUUACAGAUAUUUUGGAUAUAUUUGGAAAAUUAGUUUAUGAACGUUUAAGGACUAAAGCAGAUCAUGUUGAACCAGGUCGAAAAAGUGCAAUCUCGUUACCCGAAAAAUUUACUCCAGAAAUGGUUCCUGAUAGUGCAAAAGAAACUUGUCAGAAUUGGUUUUUUAAAAUUGCGUCAAUCAGAGAGCUUCUUCCCAGGCUGUAUGUUGAAAUGGCAAUUUUGAAAUGUUACAGUUUUUUAACCCAAAGCGAGUUCAACUCUGCACUGCUUCGUUUGACAAAAAUGAUAAGAGGAAUUGGAGACCCUCUAAUUGCUACGUAUGCCCGAUGUUAUCUUGUAAGAGUUGGAUUAAAUGUUUCUAAUGACAAGGAAUAUAUUAAAGAAAAUUUGCAAGACUUUCUAGCAGUUUAUGGCACUAUAUUCAACGGAUCAAUUAGAUCGGAAAUUAAUAGACAACGAAUAGAUAUAUCCAGUUAUUUAGCACUUUAUGGACCAGCAUUGAACUGGAUAUUGCAAGGAUUUGCAUAUUGCUCGACAGACGCCAAUGCUGACGAAAUAUUAAAUACAUGCAAAGAUAAAAAAAAUAAUGGCCCACUAUUAUAUGCAAUACUAUCAUCUUUUAAACCAGAGUUCAUUGCAAACCGAGCUUUAGAUUUAGUAAAAAUUUUAUCAAAUUGCAACACUGAAGGAAUUUCGAAGGGGCAACUUCUUAGGAAUCUUGGUGUAAGUUUGAAUCGUUGUCCACCGCCUCAAGAACAACGACAUGUUGUAUACAUAGCAGCAUUAAAUAUGAUUAGUACGUUUACUAAUCCAGCAGAGUAUGUAUCGUGUAUUGAAAUGUGGGCUCAAUAUGUUGCAGAGCAUUUUACUUUACAAGAGGUAAAUACUCUACUUGAGGAUAUUCAUGUUAGGCUAAGUCAAAACAAAAUUUAUGAAAACUAUUACGGGCAGUUGCAAUCUAUAAUGGACAAGAUUGUAAGGUAUUCUACGGAUUUUGAAGGAUUACUAACGUGUGAUAGCUUUUUACUGGUACUAGAUCUUUUCCAAAAAGAUUCUAUUAAAUUGGAAGUUUGCAAAAAUAUAAUAGUCACCUACAAAAACAAUUUUGAAGGAACCACUUCUGAUCCUGUAGUAACUAAUGCACUAAUGUAUUUGUGUAAAGUUUUGAAUGAUUCAGUAAAUGCUUUAACUGUGGACGACGAGCGUAGACUCAUAGGUAAUCUGAUCAGCAACUUCAUUAAAAAGGUUGACUAUGGAAAGGAUUUCGAACAACAAUUAACUUUUUACGUUGAGGCAAGGGCCGCAUUCCCAAAUUUAGAUGCAGUAUUUACUACAUUAGUACUGUGUGUUAAUAAACUUGCUAUUGAAACUAGUAAAAUUGUAAAUGGUCAUCACACUCGCAAAACAGCUGCCUUUGUGAAAGCUUGCGCAGCUUACUGUUUCAUCACAAUUCCAAGUAUUAUAUCAGUAGCUACACAAAUGGAUUUAUACUUACUAAGUGGACAAGUUGCUCUAAUGAAUUUGUGUUUGGGGCAAGCUGACGCCUGCUUUGAGACUGCUUUAAAUUUGGUUGCUGAGCUACCACGAACAACUGAAAUAGAAGGCAAGCUAAAGAGUACUGAAAGUUAUUUGGUGUCGUAUUUGUGUAACAUGCUUUCAACUUUGGUAGUUGUUCCAGAUAGUCCAGAUCAAGAAGUGCUUUAUCUUGUAAGGCUUCUAUUAGACGUUUUAAAAAAAUACCCUUUUGAUUUACAUAGUUCUGGACCAACGUUAGUUUACUUGCAUUCUCUUGAUAUGUUAUUCGUCGAAAGUUUGGAUAUAUUCCCUUAUCACAUUCCAAAUGUUGUUUCGAAUGAUGAGUUAUAUGGAUCUGAUCCAAAGUUUAUUGCUGAAGUUAAUAUAUUAUGCUCACAAAUUGUUGAUCAAAUAUUAGUUCAACUUAAGUCAAUGGGGGAUGCAAAUCAGCUACGUCAGCAAGCUAAUUUAGCUUUGGAGCUUUUUUCCAGGGUAUUAAGAUAUUCUGAUCUUAUGAGAGAUAAAACAUUUAUGCUAGCAAUUAAUUUGUGGAAUUUGGCAUUGAAAUACGAGCAAGCUGACUCUAAAACUUUGGCAAAACUUCUGAAAAUGACUGAAGACUACAAAACGAAAUUUUAUGGUAACCCGCUGUAUAUGAGGCGAAUUGAGGAGCUGAUAUCUCGUAUGAAAUUGAAAUUAUAAAUGAAACUUAAUCAAAAUAAAAUACGUAUAGGUAUAUGUAUGUAAAUGAAUAAAAAAAUUUCUAUUAUUUACUUUACAUUUACUAACUUACAUUGUUGGUGUCUACUAAAAGGCAAAUUUAUUGUGAGUUUGACUUAAUCGGUAAUGCAAUUUAAAUUUCUAAAUAUGUAUUGAAGUUU